CGUGCGCAGAAUUGGGUUACGUAACUUUUAUCUUGCGUCUAGUGAUUGUGCGAUUACCUGUUAGUAGGCAACGCCUAAAUUGCUGCCCACCGUGUUCGAGCAGUUUACUUGUCGCUUGAAGCGCUAAACGCUUACCAAGUAUUAGCUUUACCCAGCCCUUGCUUUACGGACCUGUGUGAGAACCUUGGGCACGACGUAAAUUUAGGUUACCGGUAGCUAAGCUUGAAGUUUCCUUUGAGCAUAGUUUUAAUAAGCUUAUAAACGAAGGUCAGGUUGUGACGGCUUGCUCCCAGAAGCGGCCAAGGUCCCUGUGCGACAUCUAGCCGUGUCGAGCUGACAGCCAGCAGGCAGCUAAACCAUUCUUAAAGAGACGCAUCCACACAUGGAUGGUGCGUAAAUCUUUUUGGGCGGCAGCUUUCCUUUGCGCUUACGCGCCCAUUGAAAGGUCGCGAGGUAGCAAGGUAGCCGAGAUGCACGCCAGGGUGCCUUGAACCGCAAGACCGGCGAUCCUUCUUGUCGAUACCCACGGUUUCCUUUCAGCGCCGCGCUGGGCCUAGCUCGCCGCUUACAUAUCCACGACCUCCUGACUCGAUCCCCAGCAUCCGCACGCUAUCAUCCUGGGUCGCCCCUAUCACGCCUGCGGCCGUGUCGCCAGCUGUCUUCCUGGACUUGAACGUUUGAAUCCGUGGCCGCCACGUCAGCCCCUCCCGUCCAGCUGCUGCCAUGGCGCCUUCCCCAGGCGCGUCUGACGACCUGGCCAAGCGGGCCGGCUCUGAGCCGCUCCGGGGCGCACCAGCAGCCGUCCGCAGCCGCCCCAUCACGCCCCUAACAGCACCCCCAGCAGGCACAGCCGCAGGGCAGCCCGCCUCCCUCCUUCAACUCGACCCACAUGCAGCCUCCACAGAUGCCGCUGUGACCUUCAUAGAGCGCCUCACACGCAGCACGCAAAACGGCAGCCGCAGCCGCGUCUCCACCGCUCCCAACCAUCCCGACGGCGACUCCUCCUCCGCAGUGCCCCCCUCCUACACCCAGCUGCCGUACAUGCCGCGAAUGGGGGACCUGCAUGGCACUACCGCCGCCGGAGGCGGCGGUAACGGCGGCGGCGCAGCCGCCACCGCGGCCGCGGCCGCGGCCACUGGGAUGGCGGCGUCAGCCGCCACCGCCGCCGCCGGAGGCGGCGGCACAGGCGGCAACGCCACCGCCUCCCACCCCCCUCCCACCCCACCUACCAUCACCACCACGGAGAAGCUGGAGGUGGUUCUGCCGGGUGCCCCGGUGCCUCCGCAGCAGCAGCAGGUGGGGGGUGUGCCACCGCUGGUGGACACCAGCCUGGAUGCGGCGGUGGCUCCGCCGCCCCUGGAGGGCUGCACGCUGGCGGAGUACGCCACGGCGGCGGACCACUGGCUGCUCACGGACAGCAAGUUGGAGCAGUAUGAGGAGUGUGUGGCGAGGGGGCUGCUGAUGGUCCGCAACCUGGUGCGCUGCGAACCACGGUUCGCUCUGCAACCCCCAACCAGCCUGCUGGCGACGGUGCGGGACUGCCUGGGCAGCAAACACGGGCUCAUCCGUGCGGCCGCCGCCAGCGCCCUGACUGCCUUCGCCGCCUGCUCGCCGGGCCGCGACGCCAUCCAAAAGGACCCCGCGGUGCUGUCACGCGCGCUGCACAUGCUCGGCAUGGGGAUUGCCGCCGGCUGUGACAACCUAGACACGCAGUACGCCUGUCUCGCACUGGCCAACGUCGCACUCAACGCAUCAUGCAAGCAGCCGCUGCUGCGGCUGGGUGUGCUGAGUAAAGCAACCGACCUGCUACGAGCCGUCAUCAACCACUUUAACGGUACCAACGCCAACGGCAACAGCCAUGCCAGCAGCGGUAGUGGUGGCGGUGGCAGCAGCGUUGGAGCCCCUGGAGGCUCCGGAGCGGCACACGGCAGUAACGGCACUAGCAACGGUAACGGUAACGGUUACGGUUACGUUCAUAGGCUUGGCAACAACCCGAACAACAGGCAUGGCAAUGCUGGCGGCGGCAGCGGCGGCGGUACCAGCGGCAAGGGCACCGGAAACGCCGGCGGAAAGAGCGGAAACAGUGGCGGCGGCGGUGGCGGCGGUGGUGGCGUCAAGGGCGGUCCGCCGGCCUCCGUCAUUCGGUCUGCAUGCUUCAUGUCGACACUGCUGACGGGGCUGGCGGUGGAUGCGGAGGGCCGCGAGCAGUUGCAGCAGAGCGGCCUGCUGGAUCUGGCUUCGGAGCUGUACGACCGCUGCUCUACCGUACUGGGUGCGGACCACACGCUGUCGCGGCGGCUGGCGCUGCUGGGGGAGGCGGGCGGCGCCGCGGAGCUGUUGGAGGAGCUGUACGACGGACAAACCAUUGGCAUGGGCGUGCCCUGGGACGAGGAUUUCGGUGGCUCCUUCACCACCCGCGCCUCAAGCAUGGGGCCCUCCGGCCUGCUGAGAGGCGUGUCCUUUGCGGACAACACCGGCCGACCCGCGGGUCGUGCGUACGCCGCCAUGACCGCACUCAACAAGAUGAUGGGAACCGAGGGGCCCAGCUCGACGUCCGGCGGUUCGGGAGUCCUCAGCUCGCAUAACAGCUUUGUUGCCCGAUCGCUGUCUAGGAAGCGGUCAGUCUCAGCCUCUACCGCCGCCGCCGCUGCUGCCACUGCUGCUCUCGCCACCAGCAACAACAACAACAACAUCAGCAACUCCAUUCCAGGCUCCUCUCCCCUCGGCGCCGGUGCCACCGCCUCCUCGCCUCGUGACAUGCCCUCUGCGCCCUCCAGACCCUCCCGCCGCAUGCUCUCCGCCGGCUCCCAGAAGCAUCCGCAGCCCCCCUCCGCCUCUGCAACCGCAGCAGCCCCCGCCCCGCCUUCCACCUCCCCCACCACCCACGCAUGGGCUCCGAUCGCGGCGGGCCCAACCGCUCCGGCCCUGGCCAGCGGCACAGCCACCACCACCAUCAUGCUGGGUCCUUCGCCCUUCGCGCAGAGGAUGAGUGCGCUCAACCUGGGUGAAUCCGGUCUGCAGACCGUGGGUAGCGGAAACAGCCAGGCCGCUGUGGUAGGGGCUGCCUCACAGCAGCAGCAGCAGUCGAGUACGGCGAUGGCGUCGCCGUCCAGUCAGGGAGGCAGCAUGCUGGGGGUGCACUUCUCGGCCGCGAUCUUCCAGGACGCUGCCGCCGCCUGCAGCUCCCAGACGGACGACGACAGCUGCCGCUGCCGCAGCAGCACCUCCUACCUGGCGUCGCAGCUGAUGGCGCAGCUCAACGCCAAGAGCCUCAGACUGCCCGCUGUGAUGGGCUUUGGCAGCAGCGCCAUUCGCAGUACCUGCUCCCCCGCCGUCUCCUUCACCGAAGGACCCACGGGUCACACCCCUUCUUCCAUGUUGAGCCAGGGUCAGGGGGCUGCCGUCCUCCAGAGCCGCCACAGCGCCGGCUUGCCGCUCAGCCACCAGCAGCUGACGACGCAACCGCCGGAGGGUAGCGGCCUGCAACACAGCGCCUCAUCGCCUUGUAGACCGCGAAGCAGCGGCGUCUCGGUAACCUCGGGUCGCAUGCAAGAGCUGCAAAAGCGGUUGAUCACAAACAGCAAGCAUUCCAUGUUGCCCGACUCGUCGCGUCCGUUAUCGCCGACACGGCCUCGCAGCGGCAGCAGCAGCUCCCCCUUGCUGGCCCGGACGGACAGCCAAACGAGCCGCAUGGACCUGCCCUUCCACCUCGUACGUUCCUCGUCUAUCGCGUCAACGGCUACAAAAGGCAAGGCGUCACGUGUCUCCGCUGCAUACGGCCAACACGCACCCAACGCGCAACAGCUGAAUCGCAGCCCGAGUAGGAGGCCCAGCCUUAACGGAAGUGCCGGCCAUGGCCACAGCCUCCCACGGAAGUUUGCUCCCGAGCUUUGACAAAGUGUUUCAACAUUGCUCAACAUUGCAGGAGAUCGCGUGAAGGCUUUCAGUGUUUUUUAUAAACUGAGCGAGAAUUCGGUUGUGUGGAGAGGUGCUGUGCUACACCUGAAUCCACCUGCUUAAGCUGCUUACGUGAAGACCUACACAUAUGUGCAUGGUGGGGUUUUCCACUCGUAUGCAUUCCCCCACCAGCAGAAGAUGCUGUCAAACGGGCGGAUCUUGUGCAUUGUAUUCAUUCAACUUAAGACUCUUGGGCUGAUCCGACUUAUGCGGUGCAAUGGCGAUAUGUGCUAUUGGAAGCGGAUGUUGUGUUCUGAAGGAGGGAUUGUACGGCCACGUCACAAUUUACACAUGGUGAUCAACGGCUAUAACUCGUGUCACCUCAUUUUCCGCGCAUGUAGUGUCCGACAGAACUGUGCCGCCAAAGACGUGGCCAAUGAGACCACGGCGAAUCUUGGGAUAGACCGCCUGGUAUGUUACACGGCUCCCAUUCCCCACGUCGGCUUCAACACCCGCGCGCUCCUCUAGAUCCAAACUCCUUCCCCCACCACCUCCCUACUUGUAAUAAGCUGUAAGCCUGACAGGCAGGCGGGCCC